GAGAGAAAGACCGACAGCAGACGUUCGAGGCUGCCCACGCUUGUCGUCGAGAAGAAAGUCGGAACACAAGCCCUCCCCCUUCUCUUUUGCCGUGGUUCUAGCAUCCGAUCAAACGCGUCGCUGGCAACGCUCUGUUGUUUACUAGAUCGUCCACUGAGAGUCCGUCGUGCAACCAACCAGUUCGCUCGCUCCACCCACCGUGUGCUGUCCAAGACCGAAAUACGCUCUCUCCAAUUAUCUCUCCUUCGUGUUACUGCUAUAUAUUGCAUGCAACCCAGCUGCCACUAGACAAAAGUCUUCUACGUUCGACCCCCAGGCACGCACACGACUUGACUCCAACUUCAGCUGUGGCGAACCACCAAAUUCCGUUCUCGCCCGCAAUCUUCUCUGACCAUUAAAUGGCACAUCAAAACUACGUUUCGGACGGCGUUGCGGGUCCCAAUAAGCUCUCGUCGCGGCUUGCUUCACUCAGGAUGUUCAAACCCAAGUCUGGGUCUGGUUCUGGUUCAACUGAUUCUUCAUCGUUCCCUCCGCCACCUCCACCCAAAGAUGGCGUGUACAGCACGUCUUCCAACUCACCCUCAAAUCCUCCCUCCGCAUUCUACACCAAAUCCCUUUUCAGUCGUUCAGUUAGCUCACUGUCGCCUUCGCUGAGUCGCGCACCGUCACAAGGCCAACCUUUGAGCCCAGAUUCAAACCCUGUUACACCACUGACAUCGGGCAGCUUUGGCGCACCACAACAUGGGUCCGCGGGACCACAUACUGGGGUUUUAGGACGCGGCAUGACAGCUUCGCCUGUCCCGUCAGGUUCAGGUGUAUCAUUAAGAUCAGUCAGCGGAGGUGGGGAGCAUGUGGCGACUCCGUCUGUAGACGGAUCGACUGAUUCGAGCGACAUAAACGCGAUGCCGAAAUCUAAAAAGUCUCUAUUCAAGCUGUCUUCGUUGGGCAAGAGAAACAAGUCUCGGAGAGAUUUAAGCGAGAGUGCGAGCGCGAGUGAAUUCGAGGAGAGCGGGAGAGAGGAAGGCGACGAGGGAAUAUCAAAGCCUUGGAACUUUCAGCACCACAUACAUGUCGACGAAGGUUACAUCGGUCUCCCACCAUCGUGGGCUACCGCUCUUUCUACCGCUGGCUUUGACGAGGAAGAGAUUGCCGCUAUCCAUGCGCGUCGCAAGGCCGCCGCCGCCGCAAAUUUGAAGAACGGUUCUAAUGCUCCGAGUCCUCACACGCAGUACUCUUCAGCUCGUCCCGCAUCGCCGGUACUGCGCAAUCCAGUACCUCGCAGUUCAAGUCUUGCUGGGCUCCGUGUAGACCCCCCGCCAACGCUUACCGUUGGGACCGGUUCUGGCCUUACGAGCGCCACAGGGAGCAAUCCUACCCCGUCACCGCGAACAACAGGAUUCGGAGUUCGGACAUUGAUACCAAAUGGAUUCCUUGGUUCGAGAGGAGGGGACAGCGCAAGCACCGCGAGCGGGAGUCGAAGUCGCAGUGGUAGUGUCAAUCGUGCGGGAUCUGGGGCUGGGGAGCAGUCAGAGCCAUUUGUCAUGGUUGACGGGAACGUGGAUGCUGCUGGAGGGAUUGGAGAUGAGACUCUCAUCGAGCCGUUCCCGUAUGAUGCGGCUAGCACCAUGACACAUCAAACCCAUUCUGCACAGUCGCCCAGUGCACUUGCGGUGACCCAAGUACAGACGACACCUCGAGGACCUCAAGUUCAGCGUUCCCAGUCUGAGACAGGAAACGUCCCCUUUCCGAGCCCGGGCACUCCUAUUCGUGGGGCUUCACCUUUCGCACAUUCUACUUCAUUGCCUGUUCCCACCCCAAGAGGUCAUGCUAAUUCUAGCUCCAGCCGCACCACAGACUCAUCCAUCUAUCAUGGCAGUGCGUCUCCCUCGCCAUCCCCGUCGCAUUCACAAUCUGGCCAGCGAACUGCCUCUUCUGUACCACGUACGCCUCCUCGGCGGGUUUAUCAUGUUGCCAAUGCGUCUUCAGACUCUAGCUAUGGUGACCCUCCUCCGGCAUAUGCAUCGCCUGUGCGAGGAGAGACAUUCCGACGCGAGAAAGAAGUAUCACGCGAGGGUGCAGCUCCUGCUGGCUCAUCGAGUCCCCUACCACUGUCUCGCCCAAUACCCUCAAUACCUGUACCAGGAACUACUGAACGUAGUCAAGUAAGCAAGUGCAGCACUUCGGUGGGGAGUUCGAGUGGGCAAGGAUCCAGUCACGAUGGUCUGUUUGAUAUCGACCCAUUCGAUGCUAGUGACAUACCCGCAACAGUGGAAGACGUGUUGGACAUAUCAGCUGCCAACUCAUCCCUAUACCUUGACGACGACAAUGACGAUGCAGAGCGGCAGCAGGAUAAUAUAGAUCUUGCCACUCAGCGGCAGCGGUUGCUUUCCCCGACGCCACCUCUCGUUAUUGACAAGCGUCUAACGCGUGUGGCAAGUCUCAUGACGCAAGCGCCGCGUAUCUCAUUCCAUCAAGAGGGGAGUUUGGAGGACUGGACGUCAUCAUUGUUUAGUGCGAUCAGCAGUGACGACGCGACGGCCAGUAAUAAUGACAAUAAACGGUCGAGUAUGGCAGUCAAGGUUCGCAGGAUACUGGCAGCCCCUCAGGAAAGUGAGGAGGACGAGAAGGCAGAGCGGCGAUUGACAUUACGACCGCUGUCUCCUCCCGCACCGAAACUUACACCGUCGCCCAUGUCGCCGGCACCAAAAUUACCAGACGUGUCGUUUGGUAGGAACAUAUCUAUUGGCGAACAUGUCAGGAAAGCUAGGCCACCCUCUCCGGAGGAGGAAGAGGAAAAGGUGGAGGCGGAGGCUGCAGAGACCGAAGCUAGGGAAGUAGUGUCUAAGGAUGCGGACGAGCCCCAUCUACUUCCCUCAGUCACAUUACCCUCAGCCUCCGUCAGUGAACCCGACUCAGAAAGUGCCCCUCCACCACCACCCAAGGUGAAGCCUAAGCCAUCUCUGCCAUCCCUCGCGCCGCCCAAGCCAAGUGGCACCGUUGGGGCGGACGGGAAGUCGCCAGUGUCUCCGUUUCUCCGCUGUGGACCCAAACCUCUCCCCCUUCCAAUUCCUCCCGACCAAAUCCGGGCACAACUACGUCCUUCCAAAUCAGAGCACGGCCGAUCGUCUUCUCAGGCACAAGCAGCUAAUUCUCAGUUGCAGCCACAAUCUCAACCCGUUCCUAGUGUCUGCCUGGUGGAGUCCUCGUCGUCGCAAUGUAGCUCCCGACGUGAAUCGUCUUCCAGCCUUGCUCCCAGGUCGAACGCGGGCGAUCGAGAUUCUGCAGUGUCUACGGUCACCGUCACACAGGCGACGAUCGUCGUGGUCAAGGGACAAGCGGUACGGCGUGCGGUAGCAAGUGUCAUAGACCCUGACCUGAUCUCUCCUCCGUCGACGGCCAAGCGCGACAGCUUUGCCUCUGCCUUUGGUAUAUCACGAGCAGUUUCUGACGCGCAGCCUGACCAAGAAACAAGUUAUGAGCCCGAGGAAGAAGAAUCCUUGCAAGUUGAUCGUCAGGAUGACGAUGGAGAUGGACAGUCUUUGCUUAUUUCGGGAACCAGCUCUGGCCCACCCUCAUCACCAUCUCCUACAUGGCCUGCGCCACCACCUCCGCCUGCGGAAUUGGACAAAGAUGCCACCCCACGUCCCGUUUCGCGGUUCAGGACGACAUCCUUGCAACGACUGAGUCAGAUAACGGGCCUUAUGGGCGGCAUGAUCGCAUCGCCACGUACUUCGCACUUUCCCCAUAUCAGCUCUGAGACUACGUCGCCAAGCGACAGUAUACCCCUUCCAACGCCGAAGGGCUCUGUUGUCCCGCCUCCGCCACCACCGAAAGGAAAAGGCAUGAUCGCACCUGAGGCAAGAAUGAUGUUCGGUGGAGUCGACGAGGAGAGUGAAGAUGAGACGGCUGGCCAAUCUCCGUAUGAGCGCUCGGCACCUUCACGGAAGAGUUCUGUUGCACCUUCUUUACGUUCUGUUGCGUCGCAGUCGCAGUUAUGGUCUCCCAUCACAUCGUCGCCUCGAACGGAACCUCAGAUACCUUCAGCUACUGUACCUCAUCCGCUAUUGGCACCCCUGCGCACUUUUAUCAGCCCUAUAGACCCAUCAACUCGGUUUACAGACCUUGUGGAGAUAGCAGAAGGGGAGAGCGGUUCUGUCUACGCUGCGCGUAUACCGCAGGAGCCUUCGCCAUCUGUGCGUGGCUUCGCUAUGGAGCGACCGAUACCCGCGGAGUCGUCUCAUGUCGCUAUCAAGCGUAUAGUGCUACCCCCAGCAUCGUCGGUUGCUUCGUUAAGUGGGGAGGACGAGUCCUUGCUUAGUAUAAAGAUCGCAUCUCUCUUGCACGAACUCACGCUUUUAAAGAAUCUGGAACACGAGCACAUUCUUCUCCUCGACGGCGUGUAUGUCCACACGAGUGCCGACGUAAACGAUGGGGAAGAUGACAAUUCAGCGGAACGCUCAAGUGCGAGCACGGCGGUUGCACUCGAUACCUCACUUUGGAUACGCAUGGAAUUGAUGGAGCGCUCUCUGGCCGAUGUGGUUGCACUCGUGGCGGAGGGUCUUGCGCUUCAGGAGAGGAUGGUGGGACGGUUUACGAGCGAUGUUCUAGUUGGACUCGAUUACUUGCAGAAGCAACAUAUUGCACACCGGGACAUAAGGAGCGAUAAUCUAUUGCUCAACGCUGCAGGUGUAGUGAAGAUCGCCGACUUUUCAAAUGCCAUUCGGGUCACGAAGAGCGCACCGAUGGUUACGGGUGCUGUAGGUGUUAUCUAUUGGCAGGCUCCAGAGAUGAGAGCUGGUCCGUACGAUGCGCUGAAAGUCGAUGUCUGGUCCGUCGGUGCGACCGUCUGGGAGCUGGUGGAAACAGUUCCACCAUUCUCGAUCCCAGCCUCUCCGAGCUCGCAGACCACGUUCUUACCACCGAACUCGAAGCAUCUCAGUUCACAGUGGCCUCCGUUAUCGCACCCGGAGCACUAUUCUAAGGGGUUCCAUGAAUUUCUGAGGCUUUGUGGGGCAGACGCGGCUGCCCGGCCAUAUGCUGAGGAGUUAUUGAACACACAAUUCAUUCGCAACGCGUGUGGUCGUGCGGUCAUCCGUCAGCUACUUACGCAAUGCAGGUCCAUGGAAGAGGCAAUGGUGGCACGGGACAGUGCAGCUAGCCUACAUUCAUGAUUCGUGCACGGUAGGCUAUGUCACAGCAGUUCCGCCACUUGUGUUAUUUAUUUGUGCUUUUGGGUCCACUGGUCACUCGAGAGAGGGGCGUGGAUUAAAGUUGUGGUAACUCGACGGUGAAACUCUGGUUAGCUAUUACGCGUUUGAUUACAUUCCGUUAUUCCAUUACACUUUACUGUUUCUCUUUUGCAUCGGCAGCUUGAUUACAUAUUCCCUACACAUUUAUGUAUACCCUUGACAAAAGGUACUCACUAGGUUGAACAUCUGCU